UUUAAUAAAAGAUUGACUUUUUAUAAAAUCAUUUUAAGCUUUUUAAUUAUUAUUUUCAAUUUUCUCAUAAGACAACCCACUGACCAUCCUGAAAGGCAGUCUUAGCUUUAUUUCUUCAGCCGUUUGAAAGAUGAUAAACAAGUCAUUUAACUCUUUGUUUCUGACAAAAAGAAGAUGAAGUAUGAAAGGUUCCCGAAACUAGUUAGAGAUAAUAAACUUUCCUUAUGUGAGCAAUAAUGUGAGAGCAGAUUUGUUUAGACCAAAUAAAAUUAUUUCAAAUAUUUUCUUGUUUAGACUAAAAUUACAUUGAACAUAAUGGAUUAUUUUGACACAGAUUUUCAAUUUCAAGAUAUCCCAUCUAUUGCACCUGAUCUUAUGUUUGCAGAGCAUCCAUCAUCCCCUGUUAAAGAAACAAAAAAACUAACACCACUUGAUCGUAAUGUCAUUUUACAGUUUGUCUUUAAUGACCAUGCUUACGCAAAACCAUACCCCAUCCUUUCUACCAGUAAUAAUAAAAGUUUAACACCGCGAACAGUUUUGCGACUACAUUCAAAAGAUCUUGCGCCUAAAAAAAAAACAAAGAAAAAAGUGAAACAAAUAUCAUUUGACAGUGAAGAUGAUGUCGAUGUUGUUUCUGUCAAUAAGACAGAUGAUCUUCUGGUCAAGUAUGAUGGUAGCAAAGCUAGGCAUGUCAUGAAUGAGGUCGAAGCGUAUCUAAACUCAUUAUGGAAAGAUGUUGAUAAAGAUGACGAAGAAAAAAUUGUAAGAGGGAGUUGGUCCAAAGAACAGGCUCGUUUGUUUGAUUCGACAUAUAAAGCCACUAACAAUUACCAACUAGCUAAGUUGGCUUAUGCUAAGAAUAUCAAUGAACCAGUUCUUCGAAAACUAGCAUUGGAAAAGGCGACAAAAAGAUUUCGAAAAUCAUUUGGUUCGGCAAUGUGGAAUCCAAAAUUCAUUGUUUGGUUACAUGGAAUAAUGAUUGAUGGUUUAGGGUCGUCUUUGUUUCUUUGUUACUUGGAAAUUCUUCAAUCUCUUAAACGAAAGGUCCCUUCGUUAUUUGAGAGAGUGUUGUUAUCAGAUAAGGCUGCAAGUGAGAAGGAGAUGUCAGCUGGACUUCCACAGCUUGGAGCAAGGCUUCGAAAGUCAUGGGAACCUUCUGUUGGGCUACAUACAAAAGUCGUGCUGGAGAAGUUUCCAACCGCUCCUUUUAUCAUCACCAUACCUUCAGGACCAAGCGUUCCACACCAGUCGACUAAAAGAAACAGGUUUUGGAACAACCAACUCAUGAAUUUCGGCAAAGCAAUACCUAUAAGUGUUCCAGCUUAUCGUACACCUGAAGGCUAUGUUAUUAAGUAUUAUUUGGAGCAUUGUAUAAGUGCUGUCAGAGGGAAGAUUGUUGAAUUUCGAAAUCGCUUUCCUGAUCGCCAUGUCGUUCUGCUUGGGUGGGGUGUUGGAUCUCUGAUAGCCUGCAAGGUCGCGACUUUAGAUAAAGUAGAUGCUGUUGUAUGCCUUGGCUUUCCGUGCAAUAGUAUGGAAGAGGAUAAUGCUCAAGAUUUUUGGACUGGUUUGGUUCAAAUUGAAUGUCCGGUGUUAUAUGUAAUCGGUACACACGCUUUGUCAAAUUCUAUCGAUCGCACAGAGGAGCUUCGUGAAAAAAUGAAAACUCAAACGAACCUAAUUGUGAUGGAGAGCGGAGACGAACUUCUUCGCUUAACUAAAUCUCAAAAACGACUUCUGGGAAUGACGCAAAACAUGGUGGACAAGUUAGUUCAGGAUGAAAUCUACUUGUUUUUAAAAAGCGUUUUGUUCAAGCCGAAGUCAGCUGUAUGCGCUCCACUUGUGAAAGGAAAUCAACCUAAGAAACGCAAAAAGAAAGUCGAAGAUGGCGAGGGAGGAGAGACGAAGAAAAAAAAAAAGAAUUUGAAAGCUGACGCUGUUCUGUCUGUUAAAACAAGUGAUAAUUCCUCUAUGUUCCAACCACUGGAUGCAUCAAGUGCCUCAAAAUCGAGUCAGCUGGGUGAUCAAGGCUUGCUGACAACAGGCUCGAUAAGCACAAUCAUACCUGUCACACAGCUGCAGAGUGAAACACUGAUCAGUGGAAAUGUCCGAGUGGUUGGAUCCAAUGUUGGUGCAAACGAGUUUAAAUCGGUCGAUCAAAAACCCAGUGUUAAAAGACCGCUAAAAGAUAAGCCGAAAAAAGUUAGACACUCGAAAAAAACGGGCAGUCAAAGAAUUGGGCAAGUUUUAAAUAGUUCUCAAAAAUUUACUGCAAACCUUGGCAACCAGAGAUCGGGAAAUCUUUCUGGACAGCGUUUCUCCAGCGGCGAGUUGGGUUUUAUAGCAACAACGAAUUCCCAACCGCAGAUGACUUUGCAACGGGCACCAUCCGGUACGUUUAUUUUGUCCGGUGCUUCCGGCCAGGUACGACUUCAAGGCGGUACAAAUAUAGUAUAUCUCCAACAAGCUACAAGUGGAGCUACCCAACUCAUCCAAACGCCAAUAAUAGCGAGCUCUAGUGGAACAUUGUCCACCCCCACCGUUGGGGUGUCUCCUUCACUUAUAAGUUUGGUUCAACAAGGCAAUAACACGUCGCAUGGUGUGGGUAGAAAAACUGCGUUAUAUUUGAAUCAAAGCAAAAGUUCGGGAACGUCAAACACCGUUAAAACAUCUUCCAAUGAGGCUUCAAUUUCGUCUGCUGAGAUUCCUAUCGCUGCAUCAGAUAAAUCUGAACAUAAAAGUGACACAAAUUUGUUACCAGUUGUUACAUGCGCUGCUCUCGCAAACGUCGCCCCACCAGUACAUCACCACACUACCACGUCCUCGUCGUCUGGCGUCACCACUUCAACAAUAUUGACGCAUUUGUCUGCAAAUGACUUAAGAUACCUUGCGUCUCUGAUUGCUAAACAUUCAACAAGUCGCCCGGAUUCUCCGCAACUAUCACCUGCAACAACGUCUGUUACGUAUCAAACAUUAAAAGUGGAUAAUGUUAAAUCCGAAAGUAUCUCGAUCUCGCCAAUGGGAAAGGAAGUUCCAGAGACGACGAAAUCCGUAAGUCAAUCAAAUAUAAAAACACCUUUACCUGGUCUUCACCCUUUGAGAAAUAUUACUUAUCCAUCACCGUUGGGACAGAAGGUAGCUUCCGCUCAACUUAAGGAUGUGACUAAAACGAAAUCUCUGCCCUUAAAACCGCCACGUAUCUCGACCACAGCUGCGUCUUUUAUUCGUACGAACGUCACACCCACAUCGAUGUCUCCGACUAGAAUUACGGCUAAUAUUUCCUCCGAGAAAAGUGUUCGUAAAGUACCAGUUACCCUCACCAUACCAAUAUCGAGAUUGCCUACCAAUCUAAACCUCAUUUCUUCAUCAGCGACUUCAAAAGGCAUCAAUGUUCCUGCCUUAUCCGCGUACCUUGCUCAACAGAAAUUUGUCUUAUCCACGACGAAAUCGUCUUCGCUUUCGAGCGGCAAGACUGUUCUGCUAAGUCCCAAUGUAGGGAGAAAAUUGGUUUCCGUGUCAACGAACAUUUCUUCGAAAACAACAACGAGCAUUACUAACGUUCACUUAAAAAAUAGUGUUCUCACGUCCCCGGUUUUGUCAAGUAAAAGCGCUGGUAAAGGUACUGCCACGAUAACACUACACUUACCUAAUCAAGCGUUGUUAAAAGACCCAAAAGUGUUGAAGAAGGCUGCUUCUGAUAUUAAAUUAGUUGGAGUGCUAAGUCAGCAAUCAAAGCCCGGUAUCUCGUCACCAGUUAAUUUUUCUACACUUCGCUCUAGCAGUGUUCCAAGGACACCCCACAAAACCACGCCUGAAGAUGACUUGUCACCUAUCCAACCAAGAUCGAUCGAAGAAGCGGGAGAAGGUAAUAAGAGUGAGGAGAACGUUGUACCCAUUAAAUAUCUUGUUGGACCUAAGUCUAAUAUAGAGGCAUUGCAAAUAAGUUCCUCAGUUUCUGUCUCUUCGUCAUCUCCAGCUCUUUCAACCACAACGGCAACUACGACAACGACAACUUCGACAGAUCAAUCGCAGGCAGGCACUAGUAUCGAUGAUAGCGAUGUUGAUUUCGCUGUUACACCAACGUCAUCGAAGAUCAGUUACGCGUCGAAUAAGCCCGUAACACCAGAUGCAUCGAGACAUGUUAUCAAUGUUGCGAAACUAUUUCAAGCCACACCAGUAGGGAUUUCAGUGCGUACCAAUAAGACUGCUCAAGCAGGUUUUUCUGGAUUCUCUAAUGGAAAGGGUUUUUCAAGGAGUCUAAUAGAGCUUGCUAAGACCAGAAUGCAAGAUACAGGAAACACGGUGGAUGCCCAAAAGCUUUUGAAAUCAGCAGAAACCUUGGAAGGAUCUGGCCAAGUCGCUAAAUCUGAUGCAAAAUUAAGAUUUGAACCACUUAAAAUAACCAGUAACCGCUCCAACCUUACGUCUGUGCUAUCGUCAAUGCGAGAGACUGGAAAGAUCAUUGUUGACGAAAAUGGAAAAAUGCGAACAACAAUCGUAGCUAAACCAACUAUGGUUAACUCAAAGACAGCUGCUUUGAUUGCAAAAACAGCUUUUUCAACUUCCACGCCUAUGUCUCUCUCGAAAUUUAACCACACUGCAGCCUCAACAUUAUCAACUAAUGUCAAACUAUCUCCGACACCAGUUUCCGUUAAACACCCUGCACCGUCGUCCAUUGUGAAGAAUACUGUACCUGUAAAUACCAAGCUAGUAUCGGUUGUUCCGAAAAAAAUGUUGCCUGUUACCAUCAAAGCAAACGACGUUUUUCGGAUCACGACGCCGGCACGUAUCGACAUACCUAAUAAUCGUCCAUCUCUUCCAGAAGAAGCAGUUCAGUCGCCAACAAAAAAGUUUUGCAACGACACGACGAUAACUAAAGUAACGAAAUCUCCAAAAAUUGUUACAGAAGAGAAAGACGAUGCGCCCGAACCAGUUCCGUACGUUACGAGAAGCGGUAGAGUGUUAAGAAACCGACCUUCCUUUGCCGACGAAUUGGAUAAAAGAACUGUGCCGCGAAAACGGCGACGUACAAAUUCAUCAAGUAAGGAAGAUGCGAAUCAAUUAGCCUUUUCACCUACGAAAUGUACUGAGGCGCCACAGUGUUCAACAUUGGAUAGUUUAGUGGAAGCUGCGAAACUUAUAAAAAACGAUGUUGGAAAUUUUGUAAACGGAAAUGUCGUAAGACAAGGCAAACAGAACACAGAAGUAGAUACAAGUGGAGCCAACAUUGCAGCCAGUGCUAUGUUAGAACUUUUGACAAGCGAAUCCAAGCAGGUCGCUGAGGGCUCUGUUUCUGGCGAGGACAUAAAAAGCGAUCAUGAGACAGUUCCUAAAGUAACUGUUUCCUUUAUAGAUGAGUUAAAAGAGGAUGUGAUGCUUGUCCAAGAUAAAGAUUUAAAAUCCCGAAGUUUAGAGUGUAUAGACCGUGAAGAAAACAUCUGUGGCGGAGAAUUUAAAGGCGAAGAAUAAACUAAAACAAAUUAUUUGGACAACAAUGUGUAGUGUGUUGUUUUAUUAUAUAUAUUUAACUAUAUUCAUGUAAUUGUUGUAAACCGAGUUGAAUUUUAAACCAAGUUGACCAAAAGUCAAGUUGGUUCAAACCAAGUAUUCCUGCGCGUAUUAUAGUAAACCAAGUUAA